UCGUUUCGAGUUCAGUACGUAUGUAGUCGUGAUAAGCGAACGUCGCGCAAUGGCUACUCGACUCGCUUGUGUCAGGCGAAUUAUCGCGAACAAAACCGGUGGAAGAUGCAUGUCGCAUUAUCCCAUAGACGAACAUGUGUUUGGAUUGUCCGAUGAACAGCAACAGUUAAGAAAUACAGUGUUCGACUUCGCACAAAAGGAACUGGCGCCAAAAGCGGCGGAGAUCGACAAGGAGAACAAUUUCAAAGAACUCAGACCCUUCUGGAAGAAGCUGGGUGAACUUGGAUUAUUGGGCAUUACAGCAAACCCUGACUAUGGCGGCACAGGAGGGAAGUAUUCCGACCAUUGUGUCAUCAUGGAAGAACUUUCAAGGGCAAGUGGUUCUAUAGCGUUAUCUUACGGAGCUCAUUCCAACUUGUGCGUAAACCAAAUUAAUAGGAAUGGCACACACGAACAGAAGAGCAAAUAUUUGCCCAAGCUAUGUUCAGGAGAACAUAUGGGAGCAUUGGCCAUGUCAGAGCCAGGUUCAGGAAGUGACGUGGUAUCUAUGAAACUGAGGGCUGAGAAGAAAGGCGACUACUACGUACUGAACGGUAACAAGUUCUGGAUCACAAACGCACCUGACGCCGAUGUGUUAGUGGUUUACGCAAAGACAGAUAUUACAAGCAAACCACAACACGGCAUAACAGCGUUCCUGAUUGAAAAAGAUUAUCCUGGUUUCUCGACAGCGCAGAAACUGGACAAAUUAGGCAUGAGGGGUUCUAACACUGGAGAGCUGGUAUUUGAAGACUGCAAGGUCCCAGCAACAAAUGUUCUAGGUGAAGUUAACAAAGGCGUGUACGUGCUGAUGUCAGGACUAGACCUGGAGAGAUUGGUGCUUGCAGCUGGACCUGUCGGUUUGAUGCAGGCUGCGGUCGACACCGCCUUCCAGUAUGCACAUACUAGGAAACAAUUUGGACAGAAUAUCGGCGAAUUUCAGUUAUUACAGGGUAAAAUGGCCGAUAUGUACACAACACUCAGCGCAUGUCGUAGCUACUUAUACAACGUCGCGAAGGCCGCGGACGAGGGUCAUGUCAACAGCAAAGAUUGUGCUGGCGUUAUACUUUAUUGCGCCGAAAAAGCCACAAAGAUUGCUUUAGAUGCUAUACAAAUAUUAGGUGGAAAUGGCUACAUCAAUGACUACCCAACAGGCCGGCUACUUAGAGAUGCUAAGCUUUAUGAAAUUGGUGCUGGAACCUCCGAAGUCCGAAGGAUGUUGAUAGGCAGAACAUUGAAUAAUGAAUACAAGUGAUAUACAUUCCAAACAAAAUAUAGAAAUUUUAUUUGUUACUCA